AAGGCGAAUGCUAGGGGCGCCACGCUGGUAUGAGUCCCGAAUAUUUAAAAAAACAAAAUCCCAAAAAUCAAACAACCAUACUGACAACUUCCCUGUUCAUCACACUCCCUGCUUUACUUACGCACCUCGCUGUCUCCGGCGUGCACGCUCAAUCUCUCCGUGCCCGCGGAGGGAAGAUCAGAGUUCAGACCCUGGCGGAAAAUAAUAAACAGUAUGUCUUCUAAUUGUAACAAAACUACAAAUGGAGGUCAAUCAGCCCAGGAGGAGGAAACACCAACUCUGGCAGAGCUCAGGCAACUGCUGUGGACAAACAGAAAGCCAGUGUCACCCGUCAAUGAAGUUUGGCCAAACCUGUACAUGGGAGAUGAGUCUGUGGCGAGAGAUAAAGCCACGCUGUCAUCUCUUGGUGUGACUCACAUAGUGAACGCUGCAGCAGGAAGACACCGGAUCAAUACAGGCCCGCAGUAUUACAGUGGUCUUGAAGUGGAGUACCUUGGGGUUGAAGCUGCAGACCAUCCUCAGUUUGAUCUUCAGCCUUUCUUCAACUCUUCUGCACAGUUCAUAGACAGCGCUUUGAAGAAAAAUGGGAAGGUGUUGGUACACUGUGCCAUGGGAGUGAGCCGCUCUGGAGCACUGGUUCUGGCAUAUUUGAUUAUCUGCCACGGCCUGUCAUUAGUGGAUGCCAUCAUCACUGUGCGUCAGAGCCGAGACAUUGGACCUAACUCUGGGUUCCUGGAGCAGCUGAGGCAACUGGAGAGAAGUCUUAAUCUACAGGGCAGAAAGGUCACAGAGGAGGACCACAAUGACACAACAUGACAAUGAACAUAGUCUGCUUUAUUUAAAGA